CGCAGAGCCUCUACAGGGGCGUCGUCAGGAGCAAGUGUACCUGGGAAACACCGUGCAGUGCGGUUGUGUGUGUGUGUCCUCUUUUCAUUUAAACACCAGGGAACGGGACCACAGAGGCACAGGAGGUCAAUUAAGAGCAACGGCAACCCUCCGAUCCGGCAAGCAGGUUGGCGGCAGCGAUGGCGGUGGCAGCAGCAGCGGUGGUGAGGUGGACGGCAGGGACGGAGGGGCGGUACAGGCUGCGGACAUCAAGGAGAAAAAGAACGUGCGGAGAAGCAAGGUGGCAUUCAGCAGUGUGAUCCUGGACCUGGUCGGCUUGACGGUGGUGGUGCCUCUGUCUCCUGCUCUCUUUGACUGUUACUCCAAGCACGACUCCAGCGGCUUGUAUUCCUCUGUGCUCUCCUGUGUGACUUGUUACCAGCAUAUCAUCGGCGUCCCUGCGAGGUUCCACUCUGUCUUGUUUGGUGGUAUGUGGGGCCUAAUGAUGAUGAUUCCUGCUUUCAUCCUCAUCGGGGCUAACGAGACCAACCUGGGGCUGUACUCUGGACUGACGCUGUAUGCCAUAGCUGACAUGUGGAGUCCCCCAGGGGACCAAGAUGGGUCCUCUAUGCUUCCUCCUCCUCAUCAACGACGCCCUCACCGACACCCCUCAUCGCUGGAAGUAUGUGGACGACUGCACCGUGGGCGUCCCAGUUUCCACCAAGAACCCGGACUACUCGCCACUGCAAGCAAUUCUGGAGCGACUGCAGACGUGGACAGAGGAGAGCAGGAUGACCAUCAACCACAGCAAAACUGUGGUGAUGCAUUUCUGUACCUCCUCUGUACCAGUGCCCCCUCCCCGGCUCACAGUGGGCCCUCACCCCCUCCAGGUGGUCCAAUGUGCCAAGCUUCUCUGAGUCACGGUGGACGACCAGCUGACCUGGCAGCAGCAUGUCGCCAGCACCGUGAGAUCAGCUACCUACAGCUGUACAUGCUGCGCAGACUCAGGUCGCUGGGGACGCCGACAGAUGAGUUAAGGGGGGUGUACCUCACCUUCAUCCUCCCCAAACUCAUGUACGCCUCCCCAGCGUGGUCCUCCUCCCUCACACACACUCAACAGCUACAGCUAGAGUGUGCAGAAAAGGGCGUGCAGGGUCAUCCUUGGCCCUGCAUACACCACCUAUGAAGAAGCCCU